GCCCGCCCGGUGCGCCUGUUGCGUGUCGUUCGUUAGCUUCCGGUUUUGUUUUGUGGGGGAGUUUCCUCAAUCGGUGGUGUCUCUAGUGUGUGCGUGUAUGGGAAAUGUGAUUCGAGUACUUUUCUUUCCACCCAUCUGUCGUUCGAGCAGUUUUGAGUGAAGAUGUCAACCUUUAGGCGCGUGACAUUGCUGGCGUUCGCGUUGUUGCGUUGCACGAUUCAUCAUGUAGCGUCGCUCCAGUUCCAGCAACUACCCGAUUUGAUGAAUGAGCAUGAGUUGAGUUUUUAUUUCGGAAGUGACCAUCGGGAGGAAUUGGCCCCGUUCGAAGUGUUCGUCCCCAAUGGGGAGCUGAAAGAUGAACGACAGAGGAAUGUGGUGUUCAAAAUCCCCUUCCAGGGAGAAGUGUUGACGCUGCAGUUACAGGCUCGGGAAAAUUUGGUCACUAAGAAAACAAAGCUUGUGACGCGUGGGGAAGGACACAGUUCGGAAGAGUAUCUGAGCCAUCGGAGGAAUAACGAUUGCCACUAUUUACAUGUCGAUUUCGAUUCAACUGCAGCAGUCACUAGUUGUGAUUUCAAGAACUUUUAUGGCAUAAUUUUCCUGCCGAAUAAAACGCUAGAGAUUCAACCCCUGAACAGUCGCUUGAGGAAUCUAGUGCCUCUGUACGGAAGUUUUCUGGUUGAAUCUCAGAAGUUGCAUCUGAUCAAAGAGACGUCCUUCAAUCACGUGAUCAAUACUAACGAUCUACUGAACCGACAAAAUCUACUGCAACCGGUGAAAAAUUCAGAAAUCCACCUGUUAGGAGAUACGCUUGAGCAAAACAACUACACUCUGGACGAUCUGGAAGUUUUGGAUGAUACUCAAUUCAGCGGAUCGAAUCGACUUCGAAAGCUAACCAUCGAGUUGGGACUAUUCUUCGAUGAAGCUGCGUAUAGAAUCUUCGCUCCCCACUUUGAUUACGAUGACGUUCGAUUGAAGGACUUCAUACUGGCCUAUGUGAAUGCUAUUCAAGCUCUUUACCACCACCCGUCUCUUGGAACUCCGGUAGACAUCACUAUCGUCUAUUUGGAAAUAAUGAAAAAACAACCUCUGGCAAUGCCUCACUACAAUGGGGAAAGAGAGUCACUGCUCGAUUCGUUUUGUGCCUAUCAGGACAAUCUGAACCAGGACAGCGAUUCGGAACCAUCCCAUUGGGAUUUGGGACUGUACGUUUCGGGGCUGGAUUUUUACGCCAUAGAAAAUGGACGACGUAAUGGCGUAACGAUGGGCUUGGCUACGGUAGGUGGAGUUUGUUUGGGGAAGUAUUCAUGUGUGAUUGCCGAAUUUGGGACCACCAGCGUUUUCGGAAAACCUUAUCCAUCAGCGGGAUUCACUUCGGUUUAUGUUUCUGCCCAUGAAAUCGGUCACAGCUUAGGAAUGCAUCAUGACUCUGGAGGAAAUACUUGUGCAAAGGAUGGCUUCAUUAUGUCACCCUCGAGAGGAACGCAGGGAGAAACAACAUGGUCCAGUUGUAGUGCCGCUGCAAUCAAAGAACUAACAUGGGCCGAUUGUCUGUUUGACUCACCGACAAAAAUAUCCAAAGAACUAGAUGCCUGGAAGUUCAAUGGAUAUCCAGGACAAGCUUUCACAUCCAAGAAGCAAUGUGAAGUGCUUCUUAUCGACAAAGAUGCAAUCGCAGCUCCAACGUCCGGAUUGGCCAGCAUUUGUCAGAACCUGCAGUGCCGGACGCCCCAUCGAACGGGAUUCUACUUUGCGGGCCCAGCACUGGAAGGAACCGACUGUGGUGACAGCAAGUGGUGCGUUGGUGGAUCCUGCCAAAAGCAGAAAAAGAAACCCAUCGAUGUCGUGAAAGGUGGGUGGAGCCCUUGGAUCAAUGAAGACUGUAAUUCCGGCUGUUUGGAGGAUUCAAAGGGAUUUCAGCAGCGCUCUCGGAAAUGUGACAACCCUAAGCCGAUUAACACGGAUGCUGGAUGUGAGGGAAGUUCGUUCGAUGUCAUCGUUUGUGAUGAUGAGCAGCUUUGUAAAAAUCGAAGACAACCGAUUGAGAUCUAUGCUAGUAUCAAAUGUAAAGAGUUCAGUAAACUGUUGCAUAGACUAGAUCCGGCCGGGUUGGGGAUCCAAGGACCUUAUGAUGAUCACAGGCUCUGGAUGGGAUGUGCCAUUUACUGUAAGCGAGCUGACAGCAAUGCAUAUUAUGCUCCACGUUUCGAUUUGAACGAUCUGGGAGUGGAUUCGUACUUUCCGGAUGGAACGUUAUGUCAUUCUGAGGGAUCAACCAACUAUUAUUGCCAGCAACAUCACUGCCUGCCGGAGAAUUUUAAAACAUCGAAAAUCUCCAUCUGGGCGAUAACUGAAGACGUGCCAAUUCCGGGAAAUGCACUGCCUAUGAGGACACAUUUCUUAGACAGUGAGCUGUUCAACUAUCUCUCGAUCGAUCACAACCGUAAACCGUUGCUAAAUCAUUGGAAUUAUCACCUGAUACCGCAUGAGGAUGAUGGUGAAACGCCAGAUGUCGAUUAUCUGGAGCUUCCAGAAGAGGUGAAAAAGGCAGCUCAUCGUGCUUGAACUACCUAAAACGAUACCGUUGGGGCGUCACAAGAAGAAGCUGUUUCGUUGCCAUCUGAAACUUCUAUCUCACAUAUUUGCUCCCAAUUUGCGAAAUACACUAAUUUGUAAAGUAAAUGUUUUGGUAGCAGGUUUCCGUGACUUUGGCAAGAGCGUCGAUUGUGUUGCUUCCAAGCGGCGGAAUACUUAAUUUACAUAUUAAUACGAUGCAAAAACUGAUAAUUUGAAACAGGGAAGUGGAUCAAACAUUCUCAUGAUAAUUAUGAUGCUUGUGUUUCAUUUCCUUCUUCUUAUUCUAAAAAAACUUGUCUAGAUCAGCUUUAUUUUAGAGAAAAAAAAUGGAAAAGAUAUAAUGCCUUUGUCCCUAUUUUACUAUUGAUUUAAUUCAUGACUAGCAAGGCAGUAACAAACUUAAGUUCAAGUUAUAAACGGUGGUGCUUGCAGUGCAUUACGAGAGUUCUUUAAGCAUGAAAUAAAUAUAUUGAUAUUUUUUUCAAGCAACAAUGAAAAUUACAUUCAUAUUUGCUGUUACGCUAUAUUCCACCAGUUAUUUUGAAAUUUACAAAAACAUGCGAUUUUUACUCUACUAAGAAGGAGGGGUAAGUUGCCACAAACUUUGUUUGUAAUGACAAAUCAAAUGAAAACGUUUGAAAAUUCGAAUUAAAUUUAACAUUUUUUUUGUCAAAAAUGUAAAGAAAAAUAAAAAGAGUACUGCAUACAUUUAGGGGUAAAAAAUACUACAAAAAUUCUAAUAACUGAAAUCAUAAAAAAUAAUGUGUGGAUGGAUGAAAUUUUGAAUUUAACAAACGCGUGAUGCAAACAAUCAUAUUCCGGCAUAUGGAAACGAGAUUUAAAAGAUGAGUCUUUGAUUUGUAUUUUGAUGCAUUCUAGCUUAAACUGGUAACUGAGUUAUAAAAGU